AUGUCAUUCUUCUAGUCUUAGGAAUAUGAAGAUUAGGACGAACAUGAAUAAUUGCGAAAUGUGAAAUCGCCAAAUCAGUUGCAAUUAAAAUCUCGAUUAUAUGAUCGAGGAGGUUAGCAGAAAAGGCCAGUCACUCGGACUUAACAACAAUUAGUGCCCAAACUAGUUGCUCAAUAAAGCAAACAAAAACUAGACCCACUUAGAAUGACCAUGGGGACAACCUUUAAAUAAAAUGUUGAUGAGCUCUAUAGAACCAAAUACCUUGUUGACAAAUUAUCGGGUAAGUUCUAAAUUGAUUAAAAAUACUUGGCCAUUAUGCCAGAAGAGGAACGCAACUACUUAAUGCGAAAGACUGGUAUGAGUUCACUGGGAUCUCGCUUCAAACUUAAACCUCUUGAUUCUGACCCACGAAUUUAAAGUCCCUUUAAAGAAACAUUGGCGCAUGAUGAAGAAUUUGGCGUUACUGAGAAAGAAACUAAAUCUAAACCUCAUUCUGAGCAAUACAACAAGUGUGGAUGA